AGAGGCCAGACGACUUCCCGUCUCCCAACCCGGCGAGCCCCGCCCCACCGCCGGCCGCCGACCGCCAACCGUCAGCGCCGGGCACCAUCGCCUACGAGGUUGUGCCUCCGCCCCACGCCGCGCUGUCUCGACCCUCGACUCCUGCUUCCCGCCGGGCGUCGACUCCUGCUCCCCCGCUCCCGCCGCGCCCUGACACCUGCGCGGCUCGGGGCCUCCACGGCUGCACGCCUGCCUGCCUCCCGCCCGGCUGCCGGCCGCCCCGACGUGUCCGCGCUUGUGUUUGGUACUGCUGGUCCGUACUUCUUUCUCUCUCACUCUAAUCCAUGAUUCCAUUUAGUACUGAUUCUAUUUGUAUCGUUUCUGAAUUCAGACAUUGAGUAGCUAAUUGAAUAUUCCGUGCAUCCAUUUGUAUUGUUGUUGUGUGUUCUUGGUCCUUGAAUUGGCAUCGAUUCUACCAGUGGCAAUUGCAACUGUGGAAAAAGUAUUUUCUGGAAUCUAGUGAAGACUUAAAUGGGAAAUCGCAUGAGUGAUGAGUUAAUGAAUGAUUGUUUGGUCACUUUUAUUGAUGGUGAAAUUUUCUCUAAUAUAAGUGAGGAUGACAUAAUUCACACUUUCAUGGCCAUCAGGAAGCGUAUAUCAAAAGCAUUAGGCUAGACUAGUAUUGUCAUCUUCUAUUUAUGUAAAGGUUUUAUUGAUGUUACAGCUUUUUUAUAUCGUAAAUUAUUCGAGUUCUAAACUAAUUUGUUGAAUUGAAUGCAUCAUAGGACUUUUUUACUUAGCUAUUAGAUAAUACCGGAUCACACGCUUCGAAAUUUUUUGCUAGGACUACCCUAGUUUCAAUUCCUGGGUCUGCCGCUGGAUAAAAUAGAAGGAAGGGAGUCUACCGCCGCACUAGCCUCCUCUGUCGUCGAAGCCUGAAAGCUCACCCGGGAGGAGCUGCAUGCCGCCUGCUCGAGGAAUGUGUCACUGAGACCGGUACCUUGUCGGUCAGCUAACAAUGUCCGUUACCGGGUCGGCCAUUGGGCGCGGCGCGGCUCGUCCGCUCAUGCGGCUGGUCACCAUGAGUGGCGCGCCGAUCCUGCGGCAGCUGCACUUGGAGGAGCGGCUCCUGCGCCGCACAGAGGACAACUGGUGCAUCAUCAACGACAGCACGGCGCUCCCCACCAUUGUCAUGGGCGUGUCCGGGAGAGUCUCAGAGCUUGUUGAGAUAGAACCAGUCCUCCGGGAUCGGGUGCCUGUCAUCCGGAGGUUCAGUGGAGGUGGCACCGUCAUUGUUGAUCAGGGGACGGUGUUUGUGACAUUCAUAUGCAACAAGAGUGCCGUCGAAGGGUUGCAGCCCUUCCCGAGGGACAUCAUGUCAUGGAGUGGACAGUUAUAUGGCAAAGUGUUCGACAGAUUUGGUGAAUUUCAUCUGCGUGAGAAUGACUAUGCAUUUAGUCAUCGAAAGUUUGGCGGAAAUGCUCAGUCAAUAACAAAAAAUCGUUGGGUUCAUCACACAUCAUUUUUGUGGGAUUAUGAUGUGAAAAACAUGGAUUAUCUCAAAAUCCCGAAGCGUGCACCUGAAUAUCGACUGGCAAGAAAUCACACAGAUUUCUUGUGCCGCAUGAAGGAGUAUCUGCCUUCGCGGUCGGUCUUCACUGAUGGGGUCAUCACGGCCCUGGGAGAACACUUCUCAGUCCAACCCACAGACUUGGAAACUGUGCUUUCUCCCGACGAAGAAUUCUCGCCUUCAACAAAGCUGUUGUCUGAACAAGACCUAGAGGAAAUUGUUUCCUCCAAAGGAUCCUCCCAUAGAGUACAGAAAGCCGAAGAGGCACGAUCAUGAUUGCAGUGAACUCUUUUCUGCUGUGCAAUCUGAAAGCAAUCGUCGGCGAGUGGCACACUGAACCACUGACUUUGCUGCAUCUUAAUCCGAGCAAUUUUGCGCAUUUUUUUUUGCUGUGAUUGGAAGCAAUAUUGGAACGGUAAACCAGGAAAAAAAAUGUAUGCUCCUUGUCAGUAAUCCACCGUUUGUAGUUGCAGCUAUAUAUUCGUGCUAUUAUCUCUGAAGAACACACUCCUGGAAACCCUGUUGUAUUCA